AUGGAGAAAUGGUUCGGUGAUAAACGGCUGUGGUUAUUUGGAAACAACCUGCCGCUGCUACCAAGAAGAUCGAGGGCGAGUAGUCGCGCGAUGGAGCGCUACGAGAAGCUGGCGAAGCUAGGCGAGGGCUCCUACGGGCUCGUGUACAAGUGUCGUGACCGAGAGACCGGUGCGCUGGUCGCCGUCAAGAAGUUCCUUGAGAACGACGACGAUCCCCUCAUCAGGAAGAUAGCGCUACGGGAGAUUCGUAUGCUCAAGAACCUGAAACACCCCAACCUGGUGAACCUGAUCGAGGUGUUCCGGCGCAAACGCAAGCUGCACCUCGUGUUCGAGUACUGCGACCACACCGUGCUGCACGAACUUGAGAAGUAUCCUUCUGGAUGUCCCGAGCUACUGUCAAAACAGAUAAUCUGGCAGACUCUGCAGGGCGUGGCGUACUGCCAUAGGCACAACUGUAUCCACCGCGACGUCAAACCUGAGAACAUUCUGCUCACCGCCGACGGUGUCGUCAAGCUCUGCGACUUCGGCUUUGCCAGGAUAAUCAGUCCCGGCGAGAGCUACACAGACUACGUGGCGACGCGCUGGUACCGCGCGCCCGAGUUGCUUGUCGGUGACACCAUGUACGGCCCGCCAGUGGACGUCUGGGCCAUCGGUUGCGUGUUCGCGGAACUGGUGUCGGGAGUGGCGCUGUGGCCAGGCAAGAGUGACCUGGACCAGCUGCACCUCAUCCGCUGCACGCUCGGCGACCUGUUGCCCAGGCACAUGACCAUCUUCUCUCAGAACACAUUCUUCCAGGGCAUGGCGCUACCGGAGCCGACGCAUAUGCAGCCCCUGGAGAUGAAAAUACCGCAACGAUACGCCAACAACGAACUUGUCAUUGAUUUCUUAAAAAAGUGCCUGGACAAGGACCCGACGGCUCGCUGGACGUGCGAGCAGCUGCUGCGGCAUCGCGUCUUCGAGAACUUCCUCUUCACUUUACCGCGCUCUGAACACGAGGAUUACGAGAAGGCCAGGCGGGGACAGGUAACGCGAUAUUCCUUUGUAACUUGCGGCUCGCCGCUGCUGCCGGCGCUGGCGCGCGGCCGUGCUCCACCGCGCCGCGCGCCGCCCGAGCGCGCGCACCUGCCCUCCAUCUGA